GGAGAACAAAUCCUAAAAAUGAUCUUUACAACAACGCUACUGUCGCGGGGGUCCAUCAUCGGGUCGCUAAUCAACAAAGUCAGGCAAGUUGUAGCCAAAAAUCAAGACUCAUCUGCAGUUCCUAUUCAAAUCGACAAACAAUUUACACCCACAACAACCUGCGCCAACAGACCCCUAGCCGUUGCCAACCUCAGCAACAGUCCCGUUCAACAGUCAAAGACAGUCGAGGAGCAAGUGGGGCUUCCUCCCCGCCCCAAGAAGCCGCUGACCCCCUAUUUCCGAUUCAUGCGUGAGAUGCGACCAAAGCUGAUAGCUACCAAUCCGACCAUAACCACCAUUGAGGUGGUUCGUCAACUGGCAAAGAGCUGGGUGGAUGCAGAUACCAAUCUGAAGGAGCGUCUACAGGUCGAGUUUAAGAAGGACCAGCAGGUGUACCUUGAGCAGCGCACAAAGUACGACGCUACGCUAACCGACGAGCAGCGUGCCGGCAUAAAGCAGCUGAAGAAGGACAUUGGCGAAGCCAAAGAGCGCCGGCAACUGCGCAAGCGGGUCAAAGAACUUGGACGCCCCAAGAAGCCGGCCUCAGCCUUCCUGCGCUUCAUCAUCAGUGAGCGCGUGAAUACCCCGCAAACGCCACAGCAAACGUACCGUGAGUGGCAUCAGAAGACGACGGCCAAGUGGUCCCGCCUCUCCGAUGCCGAAAAGGCCGUCUACAUUCAAGAAACACGCAAGGAGCUCGAGAUCUACAAAAAAGCCAUAUCCGUUUGGGAGGAGAAAAUGAUACGUCUGGGCCACAUCGAUGUUGUGCGCCACGGCAACCUGAUUGAUCCCCCCGAGCCAAAGACCCGCAAGGCCCAGCCUGUCAAAGAGAAGUAAUCUUCCCUAACUUCUUGACACGUGCCCCACGCCAUCACAUUUUCCAUUUCUUCGUAUUGUUUUUCUUCAUCGAAAAUUGUUUAUGUUAAGCAUUAAAGUUUAAAUGCUCGCCUAAGUAUACAUAAUUUAGAAUUGUUCCUGCAGCUGCUACAAGUAAAUUUAGUAACUUUCUGGACUAUGUACAUAGAUUCAGCAUUAAAUAUAGAGUUUGUCGAGAAAACCAA